AUCGCGGCACCGGAUCCCGAGCGCGGUGGCAGCGUGAAUGACGGCACGCGCACCCCUCAACCCUUCACCCGCUCCGCGGCGCACUCUGGCCUCUCGCUCCCCAGUUGCGCGGCCCUAUUGAUAUCUACGACGACAGCGAACCCGCCAAAAAGCGACUCCACUUUUCAACAACGCCUGCACCACACGCGACCAUGGAUGACGAACACAACCCCACGGCCAACAGCCUCAGCGACGCAGCCGAAGAUGAAGACUUUGCGAGGAUCAUGCGCCAGGCGCAGAUGGGCGCAGCCGAAGGCGAGGAGGAUUUGCUAAAUGGCAUCGCCUCGCGCCCGCUCGAGGCUGGCGAAAAGGCCGAUGAUGCCGUAGACUACGAAGACAUUGGCGAUGACGACCUGCCGGAAGAAGAGUUUGAGUCAACCGGAGGCGACGAUGCCGGCGUCAACUUCAGCGGGACGACAAUGCAGGAUUCUGGCGACACGCUGGAGAAUGGCGAUGUGGAUAUGGAUGAUCUUUUUGGCGAUGGCGACGCACAGGACGACCUCUUUGGUGAUGACCCAGAUCGCUCGGAUCCCGCACAGGAAAGCACACAGCACAAAGACGACCCACUCACGUCAAUCGAGGAUCUGGUCCAGGAAGGCUUCAGCAGUGCUGGACAGGACAAGUCGCAACCGAGCAACCGCAACACCACACAGACGACACUUCAGGAUGAGAUAGACGAGGAAGAAGACCCAGAGGUGCGCGAGCAACUGGCUCUUUUUGCCCAGUCUCUUCGCAAGAAAGAUGAGCCAGCAGACGCACCGAAAAAGACAUCAAGGGAGGAAUUUGAGAAGAUCUGGCCCAAUUUUGAGGCAGACAAACCCCCACGUUUCUUCAGUUUGGUACCUCGAAAACGUGCCUUUUACAUACCAAAAGUCCCGCCCAAGGCACCGAGGCCUUUCCAGAUGAACAAGCUUACUCUGGAUUUGGCGACAGAUCAGGAGAAGAGCUUCCGGUUACACCCCGCAACUACACCCAAAUCUGGUCGGCAACAAGAGGAAGAGCAAGGCGGCAUCAUACAUAUAACAAGCACAACGGAAGAAGACGGUGACGGGAACGAGCAUAUGGAUUUUGAUCAUUUUGAAACCAUUGACGACCACGAGUUGAUUGGCAAGGUAUCAUGGAGUGACCUCAGAAUCGCAUGCGAGGACUGGGAAGUCCCAGACGAUACAAGUGCUACAACACUAUCCGACCGUGGCCAAGCACCUACCCCGCCUGAAAGCGUCAACGCUGGCCAGUCACCCAACAAGAAGCGCAGACUAGGAGACCAGGACCAGCUCAUCAAGUUUUCCGUCUACGACCACAUGGACCUGCCUACGUGGGACGACCCAGAGCUGGAGACGUCGAAGCUGUCAAAGAAGAUUCUCUUGGACAUGAACGACCCUCACCUCCUGCUGGAUAUACAACAACCAAGUGCAGAGCCGCCCAAGCCUCGGACACUGGGUCUGGGGCUCAAGCGUGACAGCCGUGGUAGUCUUGCCAACCCCAUGUUCAAGCGCUACAACAUUUCCAACGACGAGGCAUACGACGCGCUCAAGGAGAGCAGCCAACAGAAGGUCCGUAGCACUAUUGGCCACAUGAAUGUUGAGCACAGUUUGCCCGCAUUGAAGCUGCAAUAUCCUUUCUACAAGGUUGCACUUUCCGACCGCGAGCUUCGAUCGUUCCAUCGUCCCACUAUCACAUUCAAGCCUGGUGAACGAGCUAGCAUCUCGUCGCUCAAGUCUAUCAAGAGGAAACACAAGAAGAACCUCAAGCCGUCUGAAGCCUUUGCAUCUGCAGAGGAUCUCAACAUUGGCGAUAACUCGGAUCUUCUCCUCGCCGAGUACUCGGAGGAGUACCCCACGACUUUGUCCAACUUUGGUAUGGGCAUCAAGAUUCUCAACUACUACAGGCGAAAGGACAUGGAAGAUACAGCACGACCGAAACCAGAAGACGGCAUCGGAGAGACUUCAAUUCUGUUGCCACAGGACAAGAGUCCUUUCUCGUUGUUUGGCCAAGUCGAGCCAGGCCAGCAAGUAUUAACACUCCACAACGCCAUGUACAGAGCGCCCGUGUUCAAGCACAAGCCCGAAGAGACCGACUUCCUUGUCAGCAGAAGCUGGACUGGGGUUAAUGGCCCCAGAUACUACAUGCGGACUAUCCCCAACCUCAUGGUGGUCGGUCAACAGUUCCCGUCGGUAGAGGUACCUGGUACCCAUGCCCGCAAGGUUACCGAGGCGUCGAAGAAACGACUCAAGAUGCUGGCGUUCCGAUUGUACCGAAAGGGACAACAGAAGGGAGCGCGACAGCCUUGGGUUAGUAACGAGAUGAUCAAGCAGCAUCUUCCCGGCACUGAAAUUGCGCAAAACCGUUCCCGAAUGCGAGAAAUCAUGAAGUACCAGAAGGACAUUGGCACUUGGGAACCUGUGGCUGGAGAGACUGUGCCCGAGGAGCCCAUUCUGCGCACUUGGAUAAAACCAGAAGAUGUCUGCUUGAUCGACUCCAUGCAUGCUGGUGACAAGCAGCUUCAGGAUGCCGGUAUCAAGUCGAACGAAAUUCGUGACGACGACGAAGAAGCCGACAACGAGAAUGCCGAUGUCAAGCUGGCGCCAUGGAAUACCACCAAGAACUUCCUGAAUGCAUGUGCUGGCAAGGCUAUGCUGGAGCUCCACGGCGAGGGUGAUCCUACUGGGCAAGGCUUGGGAUUCAGUUUCAUCAAGGUCUCAAUGAAGGGCGGUUUCAGAGAUGUGGGCGAGAGUGCAGCUGAUCGUCUUGACAGCAAGAAGAUGAAGGAGCUUGGCGGUCACAGCUACAAUGUCCAGCGCCAGCAGGUCAUGUACGAGAAUGCCAUCAAGCGUAUCUGGAACAAACAGAAGGAGAGUCUGUCUGCUCAAAACCCGCCUUCCGAUACAGAAGAUGAUGUUGACACGGCCAUGCCUCGCAACCACCUCCCACGCCAGCGCUCCGAAGUUGGAACUCCAGCUACAAUGCGGCCUGAUGACGAGACCAUGUCACAAAUGUCCCGCAAUAGCAAUGCAGACAACCGCGGCAAGAAGCUCAAGAUCACAAGGACCAUCAAGAACAAGUUCGACGAGUAUGAAGAGGUUACCGAAACCAUUACCGAUCCCGCUGUCAUCAAGCUCUACAUCAAGGAGAAGCGCCAACAGCGUCUACUCAACAUGCGUAUCGAGGAUAUCAAGCCUACCGGUGAUCCUGAGGUCGACAAAGCGCAGCAAAUCAAGCUCAAAGCGGAACUGGCCCGUCUUGCGCGCAACAUUGAGCGCCGCGAGGGUCGCGAAAAGGCAAAGGGUCUACACAAACUACAGACGGGCGAAGGAGGCAGUGCUACGGGUGGGCCAGGAAAGGGCGGAGCAACACCUCGCAAGUGCGCUAACUGCGGCGAGGUGGGCCACAUCAAGACCAACAAGAAGCUCUGUCCCCUCCUCAACGGCCAAAGAAAGCAAAACGACACAUUCAAAGACGCAAAUGCCGCGUCGCCCGCCACAGCCACAGUCCCCGCCACCCCUUCAUUUGCCGGCUCGCCAUCUUAGAAUGAGCGCUAUUCUUAGGAACUGCACACACAAACACACGUAACGGCUCUGUCUCAUGUUCCCAGGGUUUAACAUUUCUACCAGUUCACUCCCAUUGACCAGGUCCUUCACCACCACACUUCAACGUAGUAAAAACAAAAGUAAU